AGCUCAAGAAGGAGGAGCUGAGCAAUUACCAAUCAAGAGGGUUUUCUCGGAGAAAUCACGAUGAAAUUCUUAAAACUGGCCAUAGCUCUGGUCUUGUUGGUCAUUCUAACUUGCAGUGUGAAAGCCAAGAAACACAAGGUCAAAAACCAAAAGAAACAUAGUGAGAACGAUGCAGCUCUACCACAGAAAAGCGUUUUAAGAAUCUCAGAAGAUGGUCCUGGGAAUCGGACUGYGGAGGGAAGACCAAGCUGGCUAAAAUUGAUGGGGAAAAAUGUAAAGGAAACAGCAAAGAAAAUUACAAAGGAGAUGGAAAAACUUAAAAAAGAAAAAACAAAUGAUAUUUCCAARAAUUUACAGAACGACUUAACUCCUCCAACUCAGCUAAUAACCGAAGUAAAAGACAAGUUGAAAGGUUUCACUGGGCCAUUAGCGACGCAUGUUCAAAAUAAGGUCGGCGAGCUUAAUACAAAUUGGAAAAGUAUGACAAAUGACGAAAGGAAGGGCGUUGCGGCAACUCUUGGUGUUGUAGCCAGCAAUAUUGAGAAAUUUGGCGAUGCCGGAAGUAAUCCCAUUGGCGCUGUUCAAGGAGCCAUAAACAUCGUCGGAGCAAUAUCUAACUUUUUUGGCCCUGUUGGUCAGUUGGUGGGCAUUGGUAUGAGCUUCGUUUCUGGUCUGUUGGGAUUAUUUGGUAAAGGUCCAAAGCCGAAGCCAAUGGGGGAGAUCGUGAGAGAGCAAGUUGAUGAGGCAUUGGCGAAAUUUCGUGAAGAGACCCUGACUGACAAAGCAAGCGGGCUAAUAAGUGCAUUUGCAGGAGCGAAGGCGUAUAUAGACGCUGCGGUAGGGAAGAACCUCACGGAAAGUGAACUUAUCGUACUCAAUGGCAAUGUACCUGUAUUGUUUGGUGAUACGUUCAUUGGCGAGCUGAAAACAGUCAUUAAGAGGAUGCUUAGAGGAUCUAACGCUGAUGAUGCCCAGAAAUGCAUCAAAUUUUGUGAACUUUUUGCUCAGAUAGCUGGACUCAAGGACAUGAUCCUAACUCAACUGAUGGCAAUGCACGGUGAUAAGCUACCCAAUAGUGUCGCAAUGACGAUGGCAAGCCUCUUACAUUUCCGCGAAGAGGCAAUAAGCACACUUGAGCCACUUUUUACUACAGAUUUUGGACAAAAGGUUUUGCCGUACUUUGAUCCAGACAUCAGUGUCGUCACUGACUCGUACGCCCAAUCUGUGCUAGGCCUUGGAAAGUACGAUCGCUCAAAAGCAGGAAUGUACUGUUUAAGGACAAAAUACUACAACCAACGAGUAGAUCUGGUGUGGUCCACAGAGAAUAGCCGUUUCCAUGUAAAGGGUAAGCCAUAUAUAACAACUGCUUCCCCGAAUGACAAGAAUUGUUACUGGAAGCUUGUGCCUCACGGAAACGAUCUGUUCAGCAUUGUCAACAAAAAGGGAUGUGAUGCGAACCCAUCAGCGGCGUGGUGUGGAUCGAUAUUGUCUUUUGAUAUUCUCGAUGGUGAAGACGAUAAAGGGCGUGCUAACAUCGAAGCUACAGAUGGAAUUAUGUGGGAAAUUCAUGGUGAUUACUGGAAGAGGAUUCGCAGCAAGUGGGGUUGUGGUGGAAGUAGUCCAAAUUCGUUCUGUGACCGCGAGAUAAAGUUUGAAGACGAGACAUGGCUCAUCCAUCGAGGUCAGCGCAAUCGACUGCCACCAAAGUGGGGCCAUAUAAGACUUGGCUUUAUUCGUCCCGGUGACGGGAAAAACCAUUGGGAGUUGAAAAAAGUAUCUAAAUAAGCGAAUGAACAAACAGAAUACAACCAAUUGAAAAAAAGAAGUCUGGUUUCAAAGUCUGCAUCAUGAAAUCUAAGAUCGUAUGGAAAAACAAAUAUUCACGAGUAUAACAGUGUUUUAGAGUGUUUCAGAGUAAAGACUACAAGCUUUACUGUUCGAGUAAUGGUAAGGUUUCUGAGGAAUUUCUGAAUCCACUUCGAUGGUGGCUUUGAUGAUAUGAUCUUAUUUUGAGACCUGUCUGUGUUAUUUCAAUUAGGCUGGAGUGAAAUAUAAAACUAAUAUACUGAAGGUUAUAUAUGCUUAUAUAUUUUUCACUUUAUUUGAAAUGAAAUGAUAAAAAUAAAAAUGUGUCAAA